UAGUGGCUGUGCCCAGUGCAGUAGUAAGAUGUUUAGUUUAGGGUUUAAGCAUUGCUAGGGUUUCUGAGGCUUGUCUCACAUGGUGAUUGAUUAGCAAAAAACCCUAGCGAUAUCUGUUUUUAUCUCUCUAGGGUUUUUCUCUCAGAUGGAAGGCGUCGAUGAUGAUUUCGGCGAUAUAUACGCAGAAGUUGAAGUUCAAGCAAGUACAGCCAUCAAUGGCUUCCCAAACCGCACUCAAUCAUACACAGAACAAUAUGAUAUCAACACCAAAUGUUCUGAAUCAGAUGUAAAUAAAGACGAUUCGAUUGGCGACGAUUCAAAUCAGUUUGGCGAUGAGACGAAUGAAAUUUCGAGUGUGGAGGCCAAUGGUGAGGAGCAGGAGGAGAUUGUGGAUAAUGGAAGCGAUAGCGAGGACGAUUUGAAUAUAGUUUUGAACGAUGAUGCUAAUGGUGUGGCGUAUCCGAUUGGGCGGAGUGCGAAUUUGAGGAGUGGAGGGUUUGAUGAUGAAGAAGAGGAGGAAGGUUGUGAUUUUGCAGCUGCGGAGGGGAAUGGUUCGGGUAAGAAUCGGAAAUGGGUUGAUCAAUCCCAGAUGGGCGAUGGAUUGGAGCAGUGUUCUAAUGGUACUGGUGGCGGUGAGAGGGGAAAUCUGGUGAAGGGCGGUUAUCGUUCACAAUACAAGUACUUAAGAUAUCAGACAGCAGCUUAUCCUUGUAAUUCAAAAGCCAAUGGAUCCAUGGGUUCAGCUUCCUACUCUUCCACCUUGGCUAGAGGCAAUUGGGACAAUAAUGGGUCCAGUCAACAUAUGGGCUCAAGCUCAGUACUAACUCAAAGUGGAUACAAUUUCUCUCUUCCCUGGUAUAGGACUAUACUAGAUAUAAAUAUUGCUAUGUUCGAACAGAGGCCAUGGAGGCAUCCUGGAACUGAUAUAACAGAUUAUUUUAAUUUUGGUUUCGACGAGGAAAGUUGGAAAAGUUAUUGCAACUGUCUGGAGCAAUUUCGGCAGCAAACAUCCAUUCAAACCAGGAACCUCUUCCAUGAGCCUUCAGAACCUAAUGAGAAGGCAUCUGAAGUUGGAUCCAAGCACGAAACAGUAGUUCCAGAAGCUGUGACUGAAAAUAUUGCUCAAACUGGACAGGGAAGAACAGUUUCUCCUUCACCAAGAAUUGCUUUUAGGAAAAUGAAGCAGUUACAAAUGCCAAAAGGUAGAGCAAUUCAGGUCAAAGACAGCAUUGCAGAACGCCAACCAUCCUUUGGUGUAAGGCGUCCACUUGAUCUGGAUUCUGAUGUGGUGAUACAGAUUGCUGUGCAGGACUCCAUGAAGGAUUCCACUGAUUCUGAGGAGGAACUGGGACAUAUCAAUAGCUCUGUACAUAAAGCAUCUGAAAAUGGAGAUCUUUGUGUGGAUGACAACAGGGAUUUUCACUCUUUUGGUAGUCCCAGUAGCGAUGAUUUACCCAGAUCACAUGCAGCUGUUCCCAAAGUGUGUUCGCAACAAACAACUGCAUCCGACCCAGUGUCAAUGGAUUCAGAUGACCAUGGAAGUGGUCAUAUCUCCGAUGUGAACAGGCAUCACCAUCAAAAGGUGACCAUAUGUUCUUCAGAAGAAGAUGCUGAAGCAAAAGAAACUUCAAAUAACACAAGGGAAAGGUUUGGCAAGGAUAUCUGCAACGAAUCAGCCCUUGCUAAGCAGUCUCAACGUUGCCCAAGUUCUUCAUCUGGAAAUCACAGUGAAACACCCCUUGAUCGUGGUUAUAUUGAUCCCGGAAAAGUUCAUAAUAACCUAAGAAAGUCAUCAUCAAAUUCAGUCACUGAGUUACAGAAGUCAAUCACAUCUGACCGCUAUCAUAUCAAGGAUUCUAAAACACAUGGUGUCAAAAUGAAAUCAAAUGAUUGUAUCCUUCGUUCAAGAAAUAGAAGUCCCAUCCGAAAUGAUCUGAAGAAUUAUAAUAGGAAACUUCAUAGUAUGUCUGAAUUGUCUGAACUGAGGAGCUAUACUGAUGAUGGCGAUGCCUCUCCUAUAUCUAAUACUGGCAGAUUGUAUAAUGUAGAUCAUUCAACAGUUGGCCGUAACAGAAAGAAGGAAAGGCUGCAAGGUCCUGAUUCUUAUAGUAGAAAACAUUUCUCAAAUUCCCGGGAAUCAGAACUUUCCUUUGAUUACUCUGGGGAAAGGUUUUCUAACAACGAGGUUCGAACUUCUUACAAAAGGAAUCCUCGUAGGAAAGGAUGUCAGAUAUUUGGAGAUGAGAUUGAUCGGCAUCUCAGUGGAAAGUUGGAUGAGGAGGAAUAUUUUCUUGAACAAAAACUACCUAGGGUGGAUGAAGCAAUGGAUGGAGAUUGGUAUCAUUAUGGACCGGGACACAAUAUUGAUGACAUGGGCCCUCUCACUUACAGGGAGUCUAGAAGGAUGGCUUUAAAGCAUUCGUCUUAUUUAGAUAAUGAAAUAGGUACUAGAUGGAGAAGGAGAGGAGAUGAUCUGCAACAUGGAAAUAGGAUGGAAAAUAACGGUUUUCCUGAUGAUUGGAGAUUUACAGAUGAUUUCAUACAAGAAAAUUUCCGAAGAUCUAUUUCAUAUAAUGUCACGGAAAGAGAUUAUCUGGAUGAUAAUUAUGAAAGACAUUUACAUUGUACAAGAAGAGAAAUUAAAAGCUCUUGCAGAAGAGAGGGGAAAUAUGGUGUUCGCUCUGAUGAUUUCAAUAGUUUGUCUAUAGUUGACGAGGAUGACUACUGGAGAUGGCCAGAUCAUCAAUCGUUGUCCUCUAAUUCUCACAAGGAUCCUGAUACUAUCAAUGGAGGAAUAUGGCAUGAUGCCUCGUCAGUGAAAAAUGAUUCGAAUGAGUAUAAUUUGAGGAAAAUUAAAGAAAAUGGUAGAGUUAGGAGACACAUACAGACUGAGACAUGCAGAGACACAGAUUGGCCCGGUAGUUAUAUUGAAGUUUUUGACACAGAAGAUAAUAUCAACUUGCCUGAUGAUCAGGUUCAUUUCGAAAGAAGGCGGCAUUAUUUGCACUCUGAAGUAUUGAAUUGGACUCAAAAUAGUUAUAUAUCUGGCCAUAGGGAUGAAAAAUUCCGUGCCGACGAGGCAUCAUUUUCCACUAGAAGGACUUCAAGGCCUAAAAGGCUUAAUGAUGCUAGGCAUGGACCCGACCAUGCUGGGAAGCUAAUUGAUGACGGGCAUGUAGAGUGGCACAAAAGCAAAAUACUAGGAGAAGGACAUAGUGGUAUCCAUAUUGAUGGAACUUCUAAUGUUAUUCAUAGAGGUAAUUAUGAGAAGACACACCCGGCAUGCAGGGAUUCAGUUGACAUGCACUUGUUUGUUGGGGAAGGAAAGUCCUCUGGAAGACGCUUCACGGCUAGAAGUUCAACGUGCAACGAUAAGCAAAAAAACAUGGAUCCAGAUAUUUAUACCAAGCAGAAAACUUUCAAGGAUUCCAAUGAAUCUUACACGGAGGCAGGCGAAAAUGACGACCGAAAAGUUGCAAUCAGCCAGAAAGAUGAGAAUUGGCAUGAUAAAUACCCAGUUAUGCAGCACAACGAAGCUUUGGAUAUUGAGGAAGGUCAGAUAAUAACAGCAGAAUUAAAUGAGAACCUUGUGGAAAAGGAAUGUGCAACUGAAGCUGUGGCACCGAUAAUGGAUGUGAAGAGAACCAUGGAUCAUGAAAAUGUACCAGAUGAGAAUAGGGUUGUUGGGGACUAUGACAACCAUCGGAUUCUUGCAAUGCGAGCAAAGAUGGAGAAACGGAGAGAGCGCUUUAAGGAGCCCAUCACUCUGAAUAAGGAAAUGGAGAAGAUCCCCAAGCCUCCAGCCGACCUGGUAGUUGAAACAGCUGAAACUAAACAACGAAGGCCAGUGCGAAAGCGGCGUUGGGGUGAAAGUUAGGUCCCUAACAUUACAUGUGCAUCUCAUGGCUUAUAUAUUGGGAAUGACUCGAGCCAGUAGGUUCUCCUCCGAAUGGUUGACUGGAGGAGGGCUAUGGUGGAGAAAUGCCCUGCCGGAAUAUUUCUUCCAGACAUUCAAGUUUUGGUGCUGUUGACCUUAAUGCAAGCUGCAGUUUUUGAUGGUCGAUUGUCAUGGCCGAGAACCAGUUUUUAAUAAUUCUUUGCGAACAGGAAAUUGAUGUGGUACCAUGGAAAUCUUUGAUUCAUGAAGUUGAAAAUACUCUGUAUCUCUCUCUGGAAUAAUGACCUGAAUAAAUCAUGUUACUAUUACGAUA